AUGAAAGGUGCCAUUUAUAUUUUAAUAUUAUCUAUUAUGAACUACUGCCAUGGAUACAACAUAUUGGUGAUGAUGCCUCUCCCAUUGUACAGUCACACCAAGUCUUACUUGCCACUGUUUAUCGAAUUAGCAAAACGAGGGCAUAAUUUAACAAUGGUCAGUCCGUUUCAAUUAAAGGAACCUAUUCCGAAUUUCAACGAAGUUGUAAUAGAGGACAGCCUGAGAGAAAUGCAAGAGAGCAAGCACGACAUAAGAGAUUUCGAAGGAUUUUUUAUGAGACUGUUCGGCCCAAGGUUGUUUUGUAUAAUUAUGCGUCAUAAUGUAUUCAAAUCAGAAAGCUUUAAAGCAUUCUUGAAUGAUACAGAUUCCAAAUUUGACAUGGUCAUUACAGAAACUUUUUUUGGACAGGAGCCAUUUAUAGCCCUAGGGCACAAAUAUGGGGCUGUUCAAGUUUCUGUCCAAACAGUGAACAUAUUCAUGGCCUUAUCUCUGGUUACUGGAAACCCACACAAUCCGGCUUACGUUCCCUCGAGCGUCUUUCCAUCAUCCCGUUAUAUGAAUUUUUGGGAAAGGUCAAAAAGUACAUUUGCUAAUCUACUGGAUUAUCUUAUAUCCCAUGCAGCAUGGCUUUAUUUGGACUAUGAUAUGAGAAGUCGAUUCGCACCAUAUCCCGGAUUCGAAAAUUUGCCGCCAAUAUUAAAUAUGUUUAAGAAUAUUUCUCUUGUUCUACUUGAUAAUCAUAUGGCAACCACUAACCCACGUCCAUAUCUUCCGAAUAUAGUAGAGAUUGGAGGAUUGACUAUCAAAGGAGGAAAUAAACUCGAUGAUGAAUGGGGAAAAUAUUUGAAUGAAUCUGUAGAUGGAGUAAUAUAUUUCAGCUGGGGAUCUAUUUACAAAACAGAAAAUAUGAGGCCUCAUGAACUCGCUGCUUUCAUGUCAGCAUUCGGAAAGCUAAAACAAAGAGUGCUGAUGAAAGCAGAUGAAGAUACCCUGCCGGGGAAACCUGAUAAUGUUAGACUGGCCAAAUGGGUACCACAAGCUAGCAUACUAGGUCAUCCCAAUGUCCGAGCAUUUGUCAGCCAUGGUGGACUUCAUGGACUUUUAGAAGGAACUUAUCAUGGUGUUCCUAUCAUAGGAACUCCUCUUUUUGCUGAUCAAACGAGCAAUAUUAAAUUUUGUGAAGAGGCUGGUUAUUGCAUAUAUGUUGAUCUCAAUACUGUUACUGAAGGAAUCCUCUUGGAUGCUAUUAACAAGAUACUGACAAAUUCAUCUUAUAAAGAAAAUGCCCUCAUAAGGAGUAAAAUCAUGAAGGAUAAACCUCUAAGUGUCAUGGAUAACGCAAUAUACUGGGUGGAGUACGUUCUUCGGCACAGAGGAGCUACUCACCUGAGAUCUGCGGCUGUAGAACUGUCUUGGUACCAAUAUCUGCUCCUUGAUGUGAUUGUAGUUUGGGGGGCAGUCAUAGUUGUGGCUGUAUUAUUCUUAAGGAAAAGCAUUAAAUAUAUAUGUAAAGCAAGGAGAUCAAAAAGUAAAAAAGACUGA